CAUCGCGGAAAACGGAGAAUAUGAUGAGAGCGCGGAGAAAUUGACACCGAAGGUCGAAGCAGUGCGGCCAGUGAUUGAAGAUGGUCCGCUGUCGCCGGCAGUGUCAACACACUCGGAGGAGCUGAGUGAGGACGAGGGCUGUUAUGAUCUGCGACACGGAUAUCUGUCCAACAAGUGCGGGGUCGAAGAGAAGCCCAGUGUGACCAAGAUCUUCACUUUCGACGACUACGAUGCGGUCGGUGUUAUUAGCAAGGAAGUGAUGGCCGCUUGUAAAGUCCUCAACGACUACCUGCAGCGCGAAGGCCGCUCGAAUUCGCGAAGCAGCGAAUCCAGUGUGAACCGUGAAUGGAUCACUAAGAAAGCGGACCAAUAAAUUCCACCGGUGUAUCCGCAUGAUCGAGGAGGAGUGGUUCCGGAUAGCGGGCCAGAAGGACUCUGACGCCCAACUGGUCAACGACUACCUCGACGCGUUUGAAGGAAUGUCCAAGGCGUUGCUGCACAAUGUCGUUAAUUUGGCCGAUAAUAAUGGCAACACGGUGCUGCACUACGCCAUCUCGCAGAACCACUUGGACGUGGUCAGUGUCCUGCUGGACUCCAAAGUCUGCGACGUGGACAGCGUCAACCGCGCCGGCUACACGGCCACCAUGCUGGCUUCUCUGGCGCAUUGCCCCAACACCGAUCUGGUGGUCGCCGCCCGGCUCUUCAAACUCGGCGACAUCAACCGCAAAGCGCAACAGCAUGGGCAAACGGCGCUGAUGCUGGCGGUGAGCCAUGGUCGAUUGGACACGGUGCGGCUGCUGCUGCAGGUGGGAGCGGACGUUAACAUCCAGGACGACGACGGCUCGACGGCGCUGAUGUGCGCCAACGAGCACGGACACCUGGAGAUCGUGCGAUUGUUGUUAGGCCAUCCGGACACCGACGCCCAUCUCACUGAUAAGGUUCCCAGAAACGUGACACGAACGGCAACGGCCACGCCGCGGAGACGAGCCGGUUCGGCUUCAGGCGGAAGCAGAAUCACACCACGUCCACCACUGUGAAACAGAGUAUUUUC